GCCCUUGUCUUCUGUUGUUACAUUUGGUGUCGCUGCCUACCGACAAAUGAAAAGCCUAUACCCUGCAGUUUUUGAUGGAGACAUAUGGAUCUUCGGGCAGGACUUCAAGGCUUCUGCGCAGUUGAGUGGCGUUCAAGAUCUGUCAGCGAUGGAGCUGCUACUUGAGACGCUGCUGGGAGGUCGGGCGAAAGCAGCAUAUGAAGGUGUGGGCCGAAGUAUGGACGAAUGUUCGACAGGGUCAGGCAAACAGUUUCCAAAGUGGGAAGGACCAUAUAUGGUCACUUCGAGAUGGGGUUACGCAGACACAGUCGCAAUGGCGAACAAUGAGAGGCGCGUGAAUGUCAGCGAGCUCCAGAAAUGGAUACAGCGAGACAAGCCAACGAUGACGCCUGCACCAAGUAGAUCAAGCCGACUUCAGUCGCACGUAUUUGACGGGGGGACGAGUGUGGUGAGAGCAGGCUGCUAGCC